AUGAGCGGCGGCCGGCAGCGCACGCUGCUCGAGGCGUGGCGGCGGGCCGCGGGCCCCUCGUUACAGGCCGGGCGGGACGCCGCUGUUAACAACGACAACAACGACGAUGACGACGAGCUGCUGGCGGCUGCGGCCGCAGAGCUGGACCCGAACCCGAACCCGAGCCCGGGCCCCGAAGCGGCGGCCGGCGGCUUCUGCUCGGCUGCGGGCGCGCUGUGGAUCUACCCGAGCAACCGGCCGGAGCGCUCCUACCAGCUGCGCAUGGCCCGCGCCGCGCUGCUCGCCAACACGCUGCUGUGCCUGCCCACCGGGCUGGGAAAGACCUUCGUGGCCGCCGUCGUCAUGUAUAACUUCUACCGCUGGUUUCCGUCCGGUAAAGUGCUCUUCCUCGCGCCCACCAAAGCGCUGGUGGCUCAGCAAAUGGAGGCGUGCGCUCAGCUGAUGGGCAUCCCCGGGCGGGACAUGGCCGAGAUGACCGGUGGGACGCAGGCCCUGAGCCGCAGGGAGCUGUGGGCCAGCAGGAGGGUUUUCUUCCUGACCCCGCAGAUCAUGGUGAACGACCUCAGCCGAGGAACGUGCCCUGCUGUGGAAAUUAAAUGCUUGGUCGUUGACGAAGCCCACAAAGCUCUGGGGAACCAUGCCUACUGCCAGGUCGUGAAGGAGCUGAGCAGAUACACCAAGCAGUUCCGGGUUUUGGCCCUGAGUGCAACGCCAGGCAGUGACACCAAGGCUGUGCAGCAAGUUGUUUCCAACUUACUCAUUGCUCAGAUAGAGCUGUGUACUGAAGAUUCUCCAGAAAUUCAGCCUUAUUCUCAUGAGCGGCAAGUGGAAAAAAUCGUUGUUCCUCUUGGUGAAGAGCUGGGUGGGAUUCAGAGAGCUUACAUCCAUGUGCUAGAAACGUUUGCUGGACGCCUGAUCAAAAUGGGGGUUUUAGCAAGGCGGGACAUCCCCAGCCUCACCAAGUACCAGAUAAUUCUAGCGAGAGAUCAGUACAGAAAAAACCCUUCUCCUCAAAACGUGGGGAUGCAGCAAGGCAUAAUUGAAGGAGAUUUUGCGCUCUGCAUCAGUUUAUAUCAUGGUUAUGAGCUGCUGCAGCAAAUGGGAGUGCGAUCGUUAUUCAUCUACCUUUGUGGAAUUAUGGACGGAUCAAAAGGAUUAACUCGUACAAAGAAUGAACUUGGUCGCAAUGAGGACUUCAUGAGGCUGUACCAGCAGCUGGCAGACAUGUUUUCAGACAUGUGUCAGACUUCAGCAAAUGGAAAUCUUCACAAGAGUAGAACAGUGUCUGAAAAUAAAAAGGAAUUUAUUUACAGUCAUCCAAAAUUAAAGAAAUUGGAGGAAAUAGUAAUAGAGCACUUCAAGUCCUGGAAGAUGGGAUGUUCUGAUCAAACCACUUCUGGAAGCACAUCUGUGGACACCAGGGUGAUGAUCUUCUCAUCAUUUCGGGAUAGUGUGCAAGAAAUCGCAGAAAUGCUGUCCCGGUUCAGCCCAGUUGUUAGAGUGAUGACUUUUGUUGGGCACGCCACAGGAAAGAGCACAAAGGGCUUCACCCAAAAGGAGCAGCUGGAGGUGGUCAAACGCUUUCGCGAGGGUGGCUAUAACACCCUGGUGUCUACGUGCGUGGGAGAAGAAGGUCUGGACAUUGGAGAAGUCGAUCUCAUCAUCUGCUUUGAUGCCCAGAAGAGCCCGAUCCGGCUGGUGCAGCGCAUGGGGCGCACGGGGCGGCAGCGGCAGGGCCGGGUCGUCGUCAUCCUCGCCGAGGGGCGCGAGGAGCGGACUUACAAUCAAAGCCAGUCCAACAAAAGAAACAUCCAGAAAGCUAUUUCAGGAAACAAAAUGCUUCAUUUUUACCAGCACAGCCCACGGAUGAUUCCAGAAGGCAUAAAUCCAGAGCUGCACCGAAUGUUUAUUACUGCUGAAAAAUGCGAACCAAGCGAUUCAAGAAAGCCUUCCAGAGGGAGACCUAGUUCUCUCCACCAUAAAUCUGCUCUCUUCUCCUGUGUCACUGAUCGAAAGGAAAUGCACUGUGGUGAGAAUUGGUCUCUGUCACCUGAGGAAUUUGAAAUAUGGGACAGACUGUACAGACUUAAAGAAGAUGAUGGAGUGAAGCAGCCAAUACUGCCUGACACUCGGUUUGAAACCUUAGAAAACCUGGAUGAGACAUCAAAGCCUGAAGAGGAGGCAGUGCAUAAGCUGUCCUUGUCUGAGUGGAGUAUUUGGCAGAACCGCCCUUUUCCUACAAGUAUGGUUGACCACUCCGACCGCUGCCGCCAUUUUAUCAGCGUUAUGGAAAUGAUAGAAGUGAUGAGACAAGAACAGGGGGACUGCAGCUAUGAACUGGAGCUUCAGCCUCACCUUCGUAUUGAAGACAUUCACAGGAAUAAAAGUCAUCUUUCCUCAAGCAGUUCCACGUCUGCUCAGAAGACUCGCUCUUCUAAAAGAGACAUGGCGCACACAAAAAGAAUGCUUGUACCUGAUGUAAGUGAUAAUGAGAGAGAAUUCUUUUCUGUAUUUAAAACAAACACUAAGACUUCCAGAAGAACUCCUGGACUGGACUUGGAAGAGCCUGAGUUGCCUACAGAUGCCAAUGCUUCAGAGCCUUGCUCAGCAAAAAGGCUCACUCUGGUUGAGAGUGCUGAGCAGGGCAGUCAAAGGGAGGAGGAAAUAGAGAAGGUGACAUUUGACUUAAAUGAAUUUAAUGACUUAUGUGGUGAUGGUGAGAGUACUGUAACUCAUGUAAGUGCAGCAGUGAAGGAUCUCAGGUUGCUAGAUAAGCACUGCAGGUCAGUGGGGCUGAACCACACAGAUUUGGGUUGCAGCAACUUCACAGCUGAGAAAUCUGUGUCCUCUGACUUAUUUUAUCUCCCAGAAUCACACGUGGAUUCAUUUGUUCUUGUGAGCUCCUCUGAAGAGCUUUCUAGGCCAGAAGAAACAUUUUCCAGUGUGAGGAGGCUGUUAGCACAUUCUCCUCCUCCUGUCAGUAAACUUGAAGAUGUUGAAAAGCUGCUGAGACAGGAGGAAACACCGUGCCCUCUUCCAAAGGUGUCUUGCAGGAGUUAUUCAGGGCAACUGCUGGACAAAGACUUUUCCUUAGAAGUCAGUCACUCACUGCUGCCUGCUGAAAGUCCAGAGCUGGAGGUCACUGUUGACCUGAGUACUUCUGUAAAUGCCUGCAUUUCAAAACCUACCUCAAAUUCACCACCAGCUGCUGCACCUCCGUGGGAUGGCAGCUUCCACAGUCUGCUGGGCAAGGAGGAACUCACAGCAAAUCACACAAAUAACCCUUCAAAUAAACACUCUGUUCAGAGAGAUGGAGCUCUAGAAACAAACAAGAGAAAAGUGACUAUUGGUGAAGAGCAGAGCAUACAUUUGUUUGAAGAUGAGCACAUCUACGGAGCAAAUGAUGAAACGACGCCUGUGGACGCGGAACCUUCGCUCAGGUCGGGUUCAGGCAGGCACCCUGCUUGGCCAACUGCAGGGCCAGACUCCCAGCUGCCUCCCUCAGGGCCGGGCUGCCCACAUGGGGACACGGCCUGCAGUGAAGGGGCAGCGCGGGGGGAAGCGGCACCCAGGGGAGCGCGGGGCCACGGCAGUGCUGCUGAGGAGGCCCUGCACACCAGUGACCUCUGGGACUGUUCCCAGGAACUGUUUUCUGUUAACUUCGAUCUGGGGUUUUCCAUUGAAGAGUGUGAGAAGGAAAUCUUUGAAGAAGACACGGAUGCCAUUAAUACCCCCAAAUUAAACGGUGCCUCGGGGAGCCGUGCGCAUGUGCAACUCGCCGCCAAUAAAACAUCUCUGAACGACGGCUGCAGGAUUCAAACAUCCCCAAAAUGGGAUUGCAAAGAUCUAGAGGGAAGAAACAUUUCCACACCACUGGCCUUGCAGGGCAGAAACGUGAGGGGGAUGCCAGGGGGCAGGACGGGACGUGGCUCACAGGGAGCCUCACCUCCUUCACCUUCUACCCCAACGGGCAGGAAGGUUAGCAGUGCUGGAGCUGCCAAAAGGAUUCGUAAGAACGUGUUCUCUGCUGUCAGGGAGGAAAUUCCAGAGGUUCAUCCUACGGAUAAAGUCAAUGCAGACUCACAGAGAAAGAGCUUCGGGAGCUCAGCCUUGGAUGUACUUGAUUCCACUGGAGGAAGAACUGAAAACCUGGAAGGCACCAACCUUCAUGCUUCACGUGUGUUUCCUGCUGAAGGAACCAGCAGUGAAAGCGAAGAGGAGAUUGUUUUCCAGAGGAAAAAUAGGAGAAAGAAUGUUUUGAAGUCUCCUGAUGUUGUGAAUGACAGUGAUUUUGAAUCUCCAGUUCGUGCCGUCAGGAAGCGCCAACAUCUGCUGAGCGUGUCUGACUUGUCCAGUGAUGACAGCGUGGAUUUUCACAAGAACCCAAACAGGAGCAGCGAGGGCUGCUCAGCAGUGGGCACCAAGGCACAGCUGAGAGGUGUGAAACGCCAGAAGGUCAGGAGCAAUGUUCCACAUAAGGAUGCAGGAAGACAGUUUUUAGAUGAAGAAGCUGAGUUGUCCCAGCAGGAUGAGAGCUGUGUUUCUUCUGAUGAGACUGAGGACACAGACAAGGAGCUGAGCUCCUCACUGGCUCAAUUCCUGAAUGACGACGCAGAGGUGACACAGGCGUUAAAUGACUCUGAGAUGAGAGGUGUUUACCUGAAGUCCGUGCGCAGCCCAGCUCUGGGGAGCAGAUACAAAAUGGUGCAUCGGGAAUUCAGCAGCACUGACAUUUUCUCACAGAUCCCUGAGCAAGACGAGACCUACGCAGAAGACAGCUUCUGUGUUGCAGAGGGGGAUGAGGAGACGUGCAAAAAAAGUGAAUCGAGCGAGGAGGAGGAGAUGUGUGUGAACUUUGAUCUCUUGAAUAAUGAGAGCUUUGGUGGUGGAAGACAGCAGUACCUCACUCGGCGGAGAAAAAAACUCCACAGGGCCAAGGAGGAACAGAACUGCGCAGCGCCAGGGCAGAAGAAGCCAUCCCGAAUUAUUGUCCUGAGUGAUUCUAGUGGGGAGGAAACAAGUGUCAGCAAUGAGAAGGGCACGGCGUCACCCCGCUCCAGGGCAGAACAGGAGAACGCUGCCUUACUCACAACAUCACCUUCGGUCUCUUCUGUACCACAUAAAAAAACAGCUGGGGACAUCAGCGCUCGUCAGUCUGCAGAGAGUGGGGGGCUGCUGGGCUGCAAGGCGUCCGUGUCUGAAAUGCUGGACUUCCACCCAGGGCCUCGCUCUGCCUCAGGGAAGGAGGCUCUCCCGGCUCCUGCUGAGCACUUACAGCUGGGAAGCUCAGUGCAGCACACUGCUGGGAAUGCUUCGGGCCCCAUGAAGGUCUCUGCAGCUCUGCCCGACAGAGGCACAGCGCUGUGUGUUCUGGUGGACAGCCGUGAGAUCUCCUCUGGCACAGACGUCAUCUCCUCGCUGAAGGCCGUCCAUGGGGUGAAGGUGCAGGUCUGCUCGCUGGGCAGCAGCGAUUACAUUGUCAGCAACCGCAUGGCAGUGGAAAGGAAAUUGCAGUCGGAGCUGCUGAGCUCUGUGAACAGGAGUAAGGUCACCCAGCGCAUCCAGCGCCUGCGGAGCAUGUUUGAGAGAGUGUGUGUGAUCGUGGAGAAGGACAGGACCAAACCAGGGGAAACCUCGAGGUUUUUCCAGCGGACGCAGCACUACGAUGUCACACUCGCUGCGCUGCUCCAGGCCGGCAUCCGGGUUCUGUUCAGCUCUUGCCAAGAGGAGACGGCGGUGCUGCUGAAGGAGCUGGCCCUGCUGGAGCAGAGGAAGAACGCUGCCAUCUGCGUGCCUACAGAGGUGGAGGGGCACAAGCAGGAAAUGCUCAACUUCUACCUGAGCAUUCCCAACAUCAGCUACCUGGCUGCUCUCAACAUGUGCCACCACUUCAGCUCUGUGAGGACGAUGGUCAACAGCUCCCCAUCAGACAUUGCUGCUGGUGCCCAGGUGAGCCCGCAGUGCGCAGAGGAGACGUACCGCUACCUGCGCUAUGGCUUCGACACACAGAUGCUGCCCGAGAGCCUCUGUGCCAAGGGGAAGAGCAACACCGCCCUCAGGAGCUGAGGAGAGGGACGCAGGGCUGCUCUUUCGAUUGCACUUUACUGAGUUUACAGUCGCUGUAAAAUAUGUAAAUAAAUCCUCAGAGAAACACUGGGGUUUGGGGCACAGAGACUGUGUCUAACAGGGAAGGACAGUAGUUACUUUCCUUGCUGUGACGGAUGAGUGGUGGUGCCACACUGCCUAAAGAUGAGCCAUUAUCUCAGACACCAGCAGCAGGGCAGCGGUGCUGCUUUGCACAGAUCACAGAGCAGUCCUCAGGGUUACGGCUGGGAUGGAUGGAAGCAGGGCAGUAAGCACCCACCUUCAUCGAGCCACUGCACAGCCAGGUGGGGAAGGCCCCACAGCCCACAUCCCCAGCCAUGGCACCUCCAGGGAUGGACACCCACAGCUCAGGGCAAUGCUGGGGCCUCAGCAGAAGCACCCUGCUGUAGCAGCGUGUGCUGUCACACAGCAGCUGGCUGCAGCCCUGCACAGGGACAGCCUGCCCUUGAGGCACAGAGGACUCAACGGGAGCCACGUCAACUGGAAGAAGGCUCACCUUUAACUUCUUUUCCUUCUCACCAGCAAUUUUUCCUUUGGAGGCAGGGAAGUGGAGCUGCGCUCACACACGCUGCAAGGUGGAGUGGUGCCAGUGAGCUGAAAAGGGUGAGAGAGCUGCCCUCCUUCGCUCCCACCCCACUGCUCUGUGCAGGAUUGCUCCUCGGGUCUCCAUGGUGUUAUUUCCCCCCCUCACCCCAUAAGAAAUGCCCCCAAGCUGCUCCCUGCCCUGCCCAGCUGACUGAAGUCCUGCAGUAGGAAGGAAUAGGGCAAGCAGAGGCCCUUACUCACCAUUCACAGCUUCAAUUAAGGCCAUACGAAUAAUUAUGGCAGAAAUUCAAGAAAAGCUGUCUUAUCUGCACAGGAAUUACUCACAGGCUUCACUCCACCUUACCUUAACAGUAUGUGAUUUCACAUCAGACAUACGUGGUGCUGCUGGGAUGGUUCUGUGCCCAUUGUCACCAACUGCAGCAGUGGCAGAGGGACAGCAGAAGCUGCUCCCCCCGGAAGGUACAGCUGUGCCCAUCUCCACGCAUGCAGAGGGCUCUCUGAUCUUUCCAGGAAAGAUAAAGCUGGAGAGCCCAGCAGAGCUCAGCAGCCGCUUUCAAAGCAGCUCGGCUCAAAUGUAAGCCCUGCAAAUUUAUUUCAGAGCACAUGAAGGUUCUCCCAGUAAGGAGCAGGCAGAAAGGGGCACCCAGCAGCUCAGGCAUGGGGCCCAGAGCGUGACAGCCUGCAGCGUGAGUUCCUGAGCUGAAGAACUACAAAUUACUUUUUCCUGUUACCUCCCAUGCAGAGAAAAGAGAUGCUCAAAGCUUUAUUCUUCUGUACUACACUAAAAGUACUGAGCACUGCUGACAGGGAACAGGAAGCAGUAUUUUAAAACAAGUGCUUACAUAUAACAGUCCCUACCAAUUUCAGACCACUGCUUCUUUAAAGCUCAUAAAACUGCAUUCACGUUAAAAAAAAUUUCAAAGUAUAAGGCACUUUCAAUUCAUUACAAACUGUGUUAUUAAAAACAUACUGUACAGCAACAUUCCUAGAUUUCAUCUUAGAGCAAACCUGUGUAUGGGAGCACAUCUCUGCCUUCAGCAGGAGAAACACGGCAAAGGAAGGGGGAACCUGGGCAAGGAAGUUCCACUUUGCACACAGGAGAAGCCAUCCUCAGUGCUGAGCAGCACCCAGCUGACAACAGGCUGCAACCACAGCUCCACUGCAGGCCAGGUCAGCCAAAACGAGCUUCAAGCAGGAACACAGGAGCACAUCAGAGAGGUGGCUGAAGCUCCUCCUUUGGCUUUUUUAUACAAGUUCAUAAAUACUAAAUAAAACCUCCAGAAGUUCAAACAGAAAAA